AUGUCAACAACUUGGACAAAAAAUCAUGACAAACCAUUAAUUAAAUCAAUAAUUAAAAAUGAAAAUCCAGAUGAUGAUGGUGAACAUAGUCAUUUUUCAAAUAGUAGUGAUACAACAUCAUCAUCAAAUAAUGGACAACAAACAUCUAUCAAUGAUCCGAUCUAUUCGGAAUCGACAACAUUAAAAAAUUUAAACCUUGUCUCUUUAAAUAGUUCACAACAAGAACAGUAUACAUCUGCAAAUGAAUCAACUACAUUUGUUGGUCCAUUCAUCAGAUCCGAUCUUCAGUCAUAUCCAGAACCUAUAGUUUAUUAUGGUGAUGGUUUAAUUGAUUCAUUCCAACAAAAUUAUCCGCAUUUACAACAAGUUCUUUAUUCUCCACCAAUAUCAAGUCUUCAUCAUUCACAACAUUUAUCCUAUGAUGAAACAAAUAGACCACGAACUAUUGUUUAUGAUAAUGGUGCUAUUCAAACAUGGCCACCAAAUGAAACUCAACAUUAUUUAUCUUAUCCAUCAACAUCAAUAGCAAAUCUUAGUGAAUUAACACAUCUUCAACAACAUCAAACAGAUCCAGUACAUUUCUGGCAGGAUAAUUCAGCAGGUGGACCUUAUCUUCAAUAUUUAGAUCCUUCUUGCUUAGAUACAACUCACGGACAUCAAUGUGUUAAUUGCGGUGUUGUUACAACAGCAUUAUGGCGACAUGAUGAAACAGGUCAUUAUUUGUGCAAUACUUGUCGUGUAUGUCAUAGAAUAGAUGAUUCAAGCCGACCAUUACAACGAUCCACCCGACGCGUAGAAGAUGAAGAUCAUCAUCCUCGAUCAACUGGUAUGGACACUUCCUAUACACUUCCACUUUCACAAUCGUCAACAAAACUUUUAUCAUCAUUAGCACUUGAAAAUUCCGAACGACCAUAUGCUACAAAUAAAACUAAUAAUUUAAAUAAAACAAUUCCUGAAAUAAAUAAUAAACGAACUACACCUAAUCCAAGACGAUCAGGUCUUCAGUGUGCGAAUUGUCAAACGCAAACAACAACUUUAUGGAGACGAAAUACUGAAGGUGAUCCUGUAUGUAACGCAUGUGGUUUAUAUUAUAAACUUCAUCAUAUUGCUCGUCCUUUGAAUAUGGUUAAAGAAGGUAUACAAACCCGUCGUCGUAAACAAAGAAAUACAAAUGGAAAUUCAAUUAUAAAAUCAAAACAAAAUAAACAUAUAAAUACAUUUACAUCAGUUAAUGACACUAAAACACUCGUAUCAGAAUUAAAUCUUAAACAUAAUUUAACAAAAACAUCCGAUGAAUAUAAUACUCGACAAGAUAAUUAUCAAUGUGGUGAUUUAUAUCCUUCACAUCUUCAUUUAGUUCAUCAUACAUAUCCAUCAGCAUUUGAACAACAUCAACGUUUUUCUUCUCAGCAACAACAACAACAACAAUUAGAAAUAACAACGAAUGGUUUUGAUGCUGAAUUAUAUGCAAGGGAAAUCAUAACAUCACCACAUUCAUCGACAGGUUCAUCAGCAAUAAACAAUAAUAAUAAUAAUAAUGAAGAACAGCAUUUAAAUGUAAUUUCAACUGCUAAUAGCAAUCAACCGUGA